AACAACCAAACCUCGUUUGGUUUUUUCGAUUGUGUCUCCCCUCUCGAGAGAUGGCUCAGACAUUCAUUUCGAGUCAUGGUCAUCAGACAAAACUAUUACAGAGCCCACACAGAAGAUACUGCGAGUUUUGUAUUUUGCCCAAAUCCGCAGUAUAUCGUUGCAUAGAAUGCGAUGCAAACUUAUGUGGAGAUUGCUUCAAGAUCCCCCAACAAAUUUCCCACAAUCAUCAUCAGGGUCACGUUCUGCGGCUAAUGUUAACUCCAAAGUUGUUUUAUGGGAUUGAACCUUCUCCUAAUUAUAAUGGGUUGUAUUUUUUAAUAUGCAAAGGGUGCCAUUAUAUAUCCUAUCCCCGGGGGCAUUAUAGAUGUGACGAAUGUGAGUUUAGCAUGUGUGUUGAGUGUGGCAUAUCGAUAACGAGCAAGAUUCCGCUCGGGUGGGAAAAUAACGAGGAAUUCUCCCAUUGGAGCGAUAUGCACCGACUUGUGAGAUGUAGGUUUAGAGAGUAUGGUCUUCACGUAGAAAAUGUUCUUUACGAAUGCAACAUAUGCGAGCUCUCGAUGUGGGGUACUGGUUACGCUUGUCUUGAACGUAGAUGCAACAACUUCAUACAUGAGUCAUGCAUCGGCAUACCUCGAGUCAUGCGCUAUCCUUUGCACUCCCAUCACACUCUCGCUCGUCCUGAUCUCAUGAACCUUGACUAUAAGUACUUGCAGUGCAAGGCUUGCAGGCGGAAUCUCAAGCCGUUCGGAAACGAAAUGACUUAUGAUUGCAGUGAAUGCGAGUUUGCAUUGCAUUUUCAAUGUGUGACUUCAACGCUCCGAUCGAUAAAGUUUGGAUCUCAUGAACAUAGUCUUGCGAGCGUUCGACUCAUCUACUCUAGAUAUCGAUGUCGCGUCUGUGAACAACCAGUCUUGAAUCACGGUCUGAGGUGUAUGGAGUGCAAUGAAUAUUUUCACGUGAAGUGUGUUUCUGCUCCGAGAGAGUGGAAACACGAGCGUCAUGAACACAAACUUAGGCUUUCGGGUGUAUCUGUUCGUGGAUCUCUAUGGAGCGAGUAUUCAUGUGACGUGUGUGAGGGGAUGAUCAAGGGAGCAACCGCCAUUCCUAUUUACGGAUGUAAACACUGCGAGUUCUAUGCCCACAUCGAAUGCGUUCUAUCUCCGAAAGAUGGAUUGGAACAAUAUUCAUCAUCCUUGUGGCGAGAAGAUGACAAUCAAAACAAGGGAACGCAUGAUUCCAAUUAUCCAAGUAUUAAAAAGAUGAAAAAGGAGAUUCAUGACCAUCCAUUGAGAUUGCAAGACGCGAGUAAUAAACUUUGCGAGAUGUGUAAUCUCCAAAUAAACGACCAAGCCUACGCAUGUGAUGACUGUCAUGCUUUCUGGGUUCAUAAGGAAUGUGGAGAGUUACCUCAGACCUUAGUCGACCAUCCUUUUCAUCCCCUUCAUAAGCUCCGUCUCGUUAGACGGCCGUUGAAAAACAUUUUCGUAUGCGAUGUCUGCGGAGAUGCUUCAAAAGGGUUUAAUUUCUACUGUCGAUCAUGCGAUUUCGUCAUAGAUAUCAAAUGUGCAUUCCUAAGUAAAGCUGGACAGACAUUCUACGACAAACACGGCGGAAAGACUCUCGAACACGCUCUCCACCAACAACACAAGCUGACCCUUGCCAAUUUUGGGUCAUACCGGGAGAGAAGAUGCAAAAUGUGCGGAGAACUCCUCCUCGGCCUAUCAUACGUUUGCAAACGGUGUGUUUGGGAUUGCAGUUUCCACAAAGCGUGUAUGGAAUGGCCGAGCUCGGUUGAGGGACAUCCCAUUCCUCCUCAUCAUCGUCUCCAUCUCGGUGAUACUUAUUCAUGGAGCAUUCCUUACCUACCAAAAUGUUUUGCAUGUGGAGACAGAAUAGCAUCGUACUUCGGCUAUAAAACUGUGAAUUCAGAAAACGGUCUAUUUUAUUACCACAUUGAGUGCGGAACUUCUUUGGCUCGUCUCUUGAGGCGUGGAGGUCAUCCCCACCUGUUCUAUUAUGUUCACAUCAGACCUUCUAAAGGUGGGGAUAGUUACUUGAUUCUUAGUUGCGCCUGCUGCGGACAAGAAGUGAAGAAUUCCUACUACCGAUGCAUCAAGUGUAGUCUCUAUUUCCACCUCGGAUGUCUUUGUAAAGCAAAAUGGCUACCAAGCGCCGCCAAACACGAACAGCAUAUGCAUCUCCUCUCUCUCAAGAAUUACGUCGACUACGGAGGAUACUAUUGCGAUGCCUGCGAAGAAUCCAGAGACUCUCAGCAUCCUUGCUACGCAUGCGACGACUGCGGAUUCGUCGUCCAUGUCGAAUGCAUUGUUUCUGAGGAAAAUGCCUCUAGUGUGACACUUGAAGAGAUCCAAGGCGAUGACGGUGUGAAGAUCCAAGAGUGUUCGUGAGAUUUGUGUAUAUCGACUGGAG